ACGAUUAACGAUAUUAUAUGUAUCAUGUUUCUAAUCUCUCAUUUAAUUUAUGAUAAUGAAUAAUAUAAAAGCAUUUAUGAAAAUUACAGCAGCAUAGUCGUCUACGACUCGGGCUAAAAAUCCAUCAAAAUGAAAUUCUUUGUUGCCUUCGCCUUGAUCGCCGCUGUGGCUUCGGCCGCCGUUAUUAAGCCUGUUCAGGUUAACGGCAGGCUGAGCGAGAUCCAGCAGAUCAUCGACGCCAUCCAAAGCCCGAGCACCAACCCAGCCACUGCUGCCGCCCUUGAGCAGAUGCUCGAGGACUUCCUCGGCCCUUCUCCCAUCUCAGUCGGACCCGCCAUCGUUGAGGGAGUUUCCCCUAUCGCCGUCGGACCCGCCAUCGUUGAUGGAGUAUCCCCCAUCUCCGUCGGACCUGCAAUCAUUGAGGCCGGAGACAUCGCUGUCGGCCCCGCUAUCAUCGACUUCCCCCUCCCCGACGGUGGUGCCGUGUCCGCCCCCGUUGAGGUUUCUCCCGUCGACUCCGUUGUGGUCGGUCCCGCCGCCGCCUCUGAGAGCUCUCCCCUCGUCCAGAUCAUCAUAAACGUCAAGGCCCCCGCUGGUGCCGCCCCCGGUGCCGUCGCUGAGCCCGUUGAGGUCAUUGACCAGGUUCCUGAGCCAGUACAGAUUGUCGACAGUGUCGCCGAGCCCAUCCAGGUUGUGGACACCCCCAUCGUAGUCGACCCCGUGCAGGUCGUUGAUGUCGCCCCCGUCGCCAUCGGCACCCCUGUCCUCCCCACCCCUGUCAUCCCCUCCCCCGCCAUCACCCUCCCCGAGGAACUGAACUAAGAAGUAAGACCAAGAAGGGCACGUACUAAGAUCUAUGCAGUUUGUCGACAUCUUUAGCUGACCAUCAGACUUAGCACUUGUAAAUAUUGUGUCUUUAGAUGUAUUUACAUUAGAUACAAUAUAA